UAUUUUUUUAUUUCUUCUCUUUCUCAAUAAGCAAACUCACACCCACACACAAACAAUGUCAGGUUCAGCGGAUGACAGCGACGCGCCGUCUGCGAUUGAGCGGCUUCAGUUUGCAGCCAAAUCCAAUAACGAGCAAGUCUACAACGAAGUCAUCGCUGAGGCAGGCGCGUCGCUCGACUUCAAUGCGCAGGACGGAAUCGGCAACACUGCUCUGCAUUACGCCGCACAGUGCGGAUCGCUCGACAUUGCUCAGCUUCUGGUCGACCAUGCAGGAAUCAAGCUCGAUGUGCAAAACCGUCAAUGGCAAACGCCACUGUUUGUCGCCGCGAGUCACGGCGAGGCUGAAAUCGUUCAGCUGCUCAUUGAGGCGGGUGCCAACCCGUCCCUGGCGGACAAGCAACGAUCGAGCCCCGCGUCGGUGGCCAAGUCAAAGGAAAUCAAGGACAUGAUCAAUUCAGCCGUAGUUGCACGAAGUCUCGCGGCCGACGAUCUUGAUCAAGGCGACAGCGAAGAGGAGGACGAAGAAGGCGAGGAGGAAGACGAAUAGCCAACGUCAAAUGCAGAAACAAAGCUGCUCAAUUUCUUUGACCUUGAUGAGUUGCAAUUUUGGAUGAUGUCGAUGCUCUUUGGCAUCCAUUCGUUUUGCACUCUACCAGAAAACAAGAUUGUUCGACUCGCGAAAGAUUCUUCAUGCAUCAACAAUCGUAAAAAACGCAACAUUGCAACAACCACACUUGGAACUCGCAAAGCAAAAAAAAAAACAACGACA